AUGCGCAAGAGAAAGAUAGCCGAUACAGUACCAGCAGCUCGGCGAGCAACCAGAACUGAAACUCCUACUAUUCUUGCUCCCUCAAAAGAACUGGAUACUGGUGGCAUCUCGAAAGAUGAAACCGCAGCUGGAAGAACGGAUUCGGGCCGCCGGAUCUAUCGUACGCCAUCCGAAUCAUUUUCCGAAUGUGCACGGUCAACAGCAAGUCGAUCGCGCGCUGCAAUGGUCAUCAAGCAGCCACAGCUGCAGCCUCGACCACACUGGGCAGAAUCCACGAGUAGGGGUAGUGCAGUUACUCGAAAAACCUUAUCUGAGCAACACAGAGGUAUUCGACAUCUGGAGCGAGUAAGUGAAGAGCAAGAGCAGACGGAAGGACGUCGCGACUCCGCAGAGUCAGAAAGCCGGUUCCGUACUGAUGCAGCAGUCUUCCAAACUGGAGAAGCGGUAAUCGGUGAGGCGCAGCGUGCGACGACUGUUUUUCCUCAAAUGAUGCACCAACAAACAACCUCCGAGGAAAAAUUCUUCAAGAAAAAUGAUCGCCAAAGAGGUCUGGUUGAAGAAGGUUAUGAUCGAGCAGAGGUUACUUAUACCACGCCAGCAUCGCGUUACUCCCAUUCUGAGGUGGUCUAA